AUGUCGAAAGUUGGAAAAAUGAAAUUCGCUAAAAAAGCGGCUGAAAAAGUUAUACAUUCGGCAGUGCUCAAGACCAAUAUACCUGCAGGAUUAGCUAAUCCUAGUCCACCCUUAGGUCCUCAGUUGGGUCAACGGAAUAUAAAUAUAGCUGCAUUUGUUAAAGACUUCAACGAAAAGACAGCUCAUAUCAAACAAGGUAUUCCAAUCCCUUGUAGAAUAAAAGUAAACCCAGAUAGAAGUUAUGAGUUGUACAUGACUAAGCCCCCAGCUGUCUAUUAUUUAAAACAAGCAGCUGGAAUUCAAAGAGGGACAAUGGGAGGCGAUGAAGUUGUUGGAAAAGUAACUCUUAAACAUUUAUAUGAGAUAGCGCUGAUAAAAUCUGAAGAUGAGGCUCUAGCAUUGAUGUCUUUACAACAGAUAACACAAAUGUUAACGGGUAUAGCACGAUCUGUUGGUAUUGAGAUUGUUCGUGAUUUAGAUCCAGUGGAGUAUAAGAAAUUCUUAGAAGAAAGAAAAGAAAUAGUCAAAGAGCAAAUUGCCCAAUUACAAGCAGUAAGAGAGGCAAAGAUGCUUCGUACUGGUUAAAUGUCAAUAUGAAUUGUAUAGUUGUAGAAAAUUUGUUGAUUCUGUAUUUUAUGUAAAUAAAAUUAGGUUUAAAAAUGUUUU